GGUAGAGGGUGGGGGAGGUGUAGAGACAGGUGUGGAGCUAGCAACAGGCACAGUUACCUCCUGCAUCUUCUCCAGUCUUACGGUAUAAAGAUGAAAGGUAUACAAAUUGCCCUCUUCUAUGUAGCCUUGGCCUUUCCUCCUGGCCGGGUUAACGCUACGACAUAUCGACUCGAUGACCUUCAAAAGCUACAUUUGGCUGAAGGCAAUGUUCCAAAGUCGGUGAACUUUACUAUUAAAAAAACGGCUCCGUCUGGAAUGGUUAAAACUGAAGUGUAUGGGACGGCUACUGGUCUCUUCCUUAAAGACCUUCUCUUUGAGCACAUUGAAACUACACUGCAAAUGUCUCUUAACGUCUCGGUAAUGCCUAAUCCUCCUGAAAUUCCAGAAUGGUUAGAGAAAGAAUACUUAAUGGUAGAGAAAGUGUUUCAAAAGUUUUUAACCGCCGGUAAAGAAUAUUACUCUCUAUUAAAUCCAAACUGGGUGGCCGAUACCGAGGCGAGAUGGCCACAAUUAAAACGGGUGGUAAAAGAGGUUGGAACUCUGAUAGAACAGCCAACAUUUCAGAACUUUAGGGCGACACUGCUCGCCGCCAGAGCCCUCGUGAAAGCCAUAAACCGGAAGGGUAAGAGGUUGUAUCUAGAUAUGGAUGUAGACUAUAAUCCAAUAUACAAGUUUCAGAUCUUUGGAAGUCUAGAACACUUUAAGUUGGCUCUAGAUGAACUUGACUCUGCUAUGGAUGAUUUCUUCUCUCCUAAUUACCUGGCACGUAUGAAACUAGACAAGAUCUCAGAUCUUACGACAAAACUGAUGAAUGCUUUAAUGAAAAGAUACUCUUCAAUAAAACCCACAGGUGCUUGUAGUACAAUCACGCAAGAAAUAGAUAAAAUGCACACAAUUAUCUUAAAUCUUGACUACAAUGACUUGCGUUCCCGAAGAGACCACUUAAUCUCGCUAAGUGCAAGACUAAAUAGGGGACUACAAUUGGUUGUUGAAGCUCUAAGUCACGAUUCUGAGGCUGUGAUCGCUUACCUCGACUACGCUACGGCGUCCUUGUUGAUGGCUACUUGCGACCACUUGAAGACCUUAACUAGAACUCUAUUACAACCAUUACAAGACCUGAAGGAAAUAAUGCUGGUGCUUAAACAUGCAGAAAUGGAGAGCGGGAAUCCCGUUAACGUAGAAAGGUUUGAUCCAAUCUUCCUUGAAGAAAGUAUUGACAUGUUAAAGUCGAAUAAACCCAUUGACCUUCGAAUUGCUGUUAAGGUAAUGGGCACAGCAUUUACAGAAGCUGCCUACAGACUUUUCGAGGCGUUUACACUCCACCUACGCAGACUUCAAGAAAGACUAACAAAAAAUUCUACAAAUUUAAAAGAUUCAAAUGUUGAAAUCGCGGAUACUAUACCAAGUUCUUUUACUGAACUAAAAGAUGGAGAUUCAAAGAUCGAGGAAACUGUACCAGAAAUUCAGACGGUUCCCUGUAACUGUGGCGUCUCGCAGCCGUUGUUGCGUCCUAAUAUGGUGCUACCGAUCUUUGUCCUUCUGGAGAAAGAAGACGGAGAGAACAUGCCUACAGAUGGCCCAGAUCCUCUCCGUAGUCAAAAUAUUAAAGAAGCUAUACCGAAAAUAUGGGAAAUGGUAAAGGGCUUUCAACCUGACAGUAUACUUGAAGAAUUUGAAACUCUAGGCGCACAAGUAAUGGAAGUGUCUGCAGUGUACUUAAAAGAAGUAUACGACACGGGUCUCGUAAGAGUCAUCGUCGUACUAGGAAAGACUAACUGGAGAGAGACCGGUGGCGACCAGCACGAGGUACCUCGCGUCAAAUCAGAAUCUGCACCUGCUGGACUACCAGAGACACCCCUAAGUAUUUCCCGCAUGUCUGUUAAAGACAAGGCAACUGGAAAGAACACUUUGGGUGCGGCGAAGAACGCCCUUCCAAUGCAGAGGAAACCUUCCAGAUCAAAGAUGGUGGGAAAGUCUUGUACAAAAGAGACCUGUGAACCUGAUGCCAGCUUGCAGGAACUGGUGGUGGAGCGUGAAGAGCUUGCUGUCCUGGGGCAGGUGUAGCCUCUGCCAGCACCGCCACGGACCCUCCUCGCCGCCUCUGCACUAGGCUUCAAUCUACGCAUUAACGGCUCCAAUACCUAGAAUAUUCCUAUGAAAAUUUUCAAAUUUUAUUGUUCACCAUUUUAGUUUAUUAAUAAAUUAACUUUUUAA